UGGGGGCAGCUCCAAGACACAAACUGGGGAAGUAGCUCAGCAUUUUUGUGUGUAAACAUGGAGGUUUUUGGACUAAAAGUAGAUGAACGAAGCGAUGACAGUCCUCAGUUCACAGUGUUGAAUCCAAGUCAACCUUCGUGAUGACAUCACCGGCUUGAUUUAAUGACUGCAGCUGGAAACAUGGAGGUGCUACUGCCCGUUAGCAUGUGUGAGCGUGUUCAGCACUCUGCUGUUGGCUCUAGCCUGACAUCUAGCGGUGCAGCGGUCUGACACGAAGCAGGAAUCUGCUGCUGGUGUGGCUCUGACACUUCCUCGUGGCUUUUCUGGUGUGCAGGUUGCUGUGAAUAAAACAACAUCAUCCAGUUUGGGUUUUCUUUUUUUUUGAUGAUGUCAGGUUGGGAUCUGAUGUUGCAACGAUUUGUAAAUAACAGGUUGGGAGAAUUCCCGCCUCUUCCUCACACUCUGUCAGACUGACAAAACAUGUUAUGGCUCAUCUUUUGUGUGUUUGCUCCUCACCACCAAACAUUAUCAGAUUGUAGUCUCCUAUUUAUAGCUGAACUUCUCCCACAAGGACACCAGCAGUCUUCCAGAAGUGACAAAAGUUCCUCUUCCUUGAAGUGGAGUCUGACAGGAAUGAGGUCAGACACAAGGAUCCUGAUUGCACAUUAUUAUUAUGAUUUCCCGUUUUUUUUAUUUGUCCAAUUGGAGGGCAGGGGAGGGGCUUAGCCUGAAAAGUGACUAUGGAGACAGAAGCUGAUUGGAUCGGCCGCCUCGCGAGGAGACUAUAAACGGAUGAGGUUCUCGCUGAUGUGUUUACAGUAACGCUGUAGAGCCGCACGAGACACCGGGAGACUAUGAGAAAGCGCAGCCGCUCCAUUCAGCCACAUGGUCCCUCCGACGCACAGACUAGCUGCGCUGCAGACGGCCAGGCUCACCUGAGGGACUGUUGCGCACAGCGGCGCGUUUUCUGCCUCGCAGAGCGAGUUUUCAGUCGCACCGGCAGUUGAGAGCUGAUGUGAAAGAGUUUUUUAGGGGGAUUUAUUGUUUUUUUACCGAUAAAAGUUUAGAGUUUUGUUCCUUUCAUAAUCCCAGCAGUGAUCUGAGUUUUUUCCCCACAUUUAAAGUUUGUCAGAGCAGAGAUGGUGCAGCACGUGAGCCAGACGGAGAGCGCGCACGCUCACUCUCCUGGCGGGGACUCCACGGACACGGAGUUGGAGAUGGACUCCUCUCCGAUGUCCUCCCGGGAGCGCAGCGACCUGGCUUGGUGUAAAACUCCCACCGGCCACAUCAAGAGGCCCAUGAACGCCUUCAUGGUCUGGUCCCAGAUCGAGAGGCGGAAGAUCAUGGAGCAGUCACCGGACAUGCACAACGCGGAGAUCUCCAAGCGGCUGGGGAAGCGCUGGAAGCUGCUCAAAGACACCGACAAGAUCCCGUUCAUCCGCGAGGCUGAGCGCCUCCGACUGAAGCAUAUGGCCGACUACCCAGACUACAAGUACCGGCCCAGGAAGAAGGUCAAGACAGGAAGUGGAACAAACAAGCCAGCGGAGAAGAACGGGGAGCGCAACGCCAAGAUCAGCGGGAAGAAGAGUCCUGCGCCCAAGAGCGCGAGCAGGACGCACAAGCAGGGAGGCAUUAGGAGCGCCUCUGGACCGGACUCUGCGUCCCCCGGGGACCACCAGUCACUCUUCAAAUCCAGGUCAGUGUCCGGGGCGCGGCAGAUCCCGGAGAAGCGCACGGGAGAGCCGAGGCGCGCCCACGUGGAGAGUGACCCGCCCUCCGUGGGUGUCCCGGCCAGCCCCACCCUGAGCAGCUCGGCGGAGUCCAGCGACCCGCUGAGCCUGUACGAUGAGCAGAGCGAGUCCUCCCACACCGCGCGGCUCCGGUACGCGCGCGCCUCCUCCCCGACGCCGUCCGCCGCGCACUCCUCCUCAUCCUCAUCGGCGUCCUCCUCGUCUGACGAAGAGUUUGAAGACGAGCGGCCCGACCUGAGCCGCAGCCCCGGGUUCGAGAGCAUGUCUCUGAGCGGCGCGGGGCUCUCGGACACGGAGCUGGACCGGGACUUGGACUGGAGCUUCGGGGAGUGCGGGGCGGGAUCUCACUUUGACUUCUCCGACUAUUGCACCCCCGAAGUCAGCGAGAUGAUCUCGGGAGAGUGGCUGGAGUCCACCAUCUCCAACCUCGUGUUCACCUACUGACAUGACCCCGUUUGAACUCUCACGCCAAACGUGUGCGCGUCACGAUCUUCCCUCUAGUCACGGAACGAGGGAGAGGAAAGGUGGAUCAGAAGUUCCAGGCACGCGCCGCUCGGACACUGACGGGAGGAGGGCGCAGACAUGGGGGAGAAUGCUCAGUCUGGACCCGGAGGAGGAGUGAAUGUACGCGAGGAGUCCCGCAGGGACCGAACCUUUAAACCUCUGCGACCCCGGAGCGUCUCGUCGGGUUUCUCUGAUUCACAUCAACCAUCACGUUGCUAUUCAGGUGUACCGCCUCCCCCCACCCCCAAACUCCUUCAAGCACGCAUGUCCUCCAAGAUGAGGAAGGAUCUUCGUUUUUUUAUCCAAUGCGUAAUUACGCAAAAUGUGUGUCACAAUUCACGAUCACCAGCUUCUCUCUCAACGGCAGGACGCAAAAACAAAGACUGGCUGAAACCUUUUUGUAUCACUCAGUGCACAAUUCAGGACCAACGUUUCCCGAUGCGCAUUCUUUUUGCCUAUAGAGCUCCAACUUUGUAGUUCCUGUGUAAGAUGCUUUUUUGUUCUUCUUUCUUUUAUAUCAAUGUAUUUAUACGGCCAAAACUUUUUGAUACAUAGAAGUAUUGUUCUUGUGUUCAUAACACCUGUCUGUAUCCAGCGAGCGGAAGGGCUAGAAGUGUAUCUUAUUUAAAGUGUCGACUCAUUUUUCAGGAGACUUUUGAGUGUGUCAUGAUUUUCUACUUGUAUUUUUGUACAAAAUCUAUAGAAACACGUGGGUGGGCGGGGCGAGCGGGCAGCCAUCAGCAUUAUUUGCAUCAUAUUUUGGUGUUUGGACGUGCAGAGGGAGGACGGGGGGUUGUUUGGCACAAUCUGACCUCACACAGUGUUUACAGUAUUUACCCACAUGCUUCUUAAUGGGACUCCAGUUUCACCAGCCGAGUAAACAAAGCAGCACUGAGGCUCCGGUCUGAGUGGUGACUGUUUCAGUUCACAGAGUGAAAGAUCCCCAAGAGUCACUGUCUGGAUAGAGCUAAUACCUCCGUGUGCUUUCUUAUUUUGUUAGGUUUUUGUUAAGAUAGAUUUGAUUUGAACCACUGGAUGGAAUUUCACACUCAUUCCACUUUUUGCCUAAACUUUGGAGGGAGGAGAUGUAUGAAGUGCUUCAUCUGUUAUUGCGCAAAUUGCAUCAAAAAAAGGAAAAAAAAGUAUUUAACCUUUCUGUACCUGUUGGCUAAGUAUAGCAGGCUAAUUGUUUUCCUAUAUUAUGGCAUGGCAAAUAGCAUUUGUAUUUCAGAUUCAGGUAUAUGUAGCUAUAGCUGUUGUGUUUAAGAUUUUUAAAUAAUAAUAACAUGAAGAUAUUUAUGUAAACUGACUGUACUAUAAGCAAAGAUGGUGUGAUUUAUGUUUGAUGAACAAUGACAGGCACUAGGACAGCCAUCUUUGGACAUUCUUAUUUUGAAGAAGAUUGUGGUCCAGGGGGUUAAAAAAAGUCAGAAUCUGUUUUCCUUUUUUCAUUUGUGCAAUAUGUUGUGUAUGUUCAUGUUUCGUCCUAUCAUGCCGAUAUCAUUUGAUGUUUUUUGCUCAAAACCAGCCAAUGUUUGGGUCAAUCACUGCCUCUCGAACCUCUGUACAGUUUGUUUUUAUUUGUUUUUUCUUUCAAAAGAAGGAAAUAAAAUCAGCUGGAACUGAAAAAA